UUUAAAAUUAGAAAGCUUGACAUUUGAGUCCAAUCCAAUUGAGAUGCUGAGAUGAUAUAAGCCCAGAAUCUAAUAUGGGCCAGAAAAGAUAAGGGUGCCAUUCUUAUCAACCCUAAAGGCCUAGCAUAUAAACUCUCUGACAAAACAUUAUCGGAGUUGCUGCUGCGGCACUGCCCAUCUAUCUGCAUCGACGAUGGGUGCAUACACGUAUGUUUCGGAGCUUUGGAGGAAGAAGCAAUCUGAUGUGAUGAGGUUCCUGCUUCGGGUGAGGUGCUGGGAGUAUCGGCAGCUUCCUUCACUUGUUCGCGUCAGGAGGCCCACUCGUCCUGACAAGGCUCGCCGCCUCGGCUACAAGGCCAAACAGGGGUACGUCAUUUAUAGAGUGAGGGUGAGACGUGGAGGUAGAAAAAGACCAGUUCCAAAGGGUAUUGUUUAUGGAAAACCAACAAAUCAGGGAGUUACUCAGCUGAAGUUUCAGAGGAGUAAACGAUCAGUUGCAGAAGAGCGAGCUGGGAGAAAACUUGGGGGCCUCCGGGUUCUGAACUCCUACUGGAUCAAUGAGGACUCAACAUACAAAUACUAUGAAGUCAUAUUGGUUGAUCAAGCCCAUGCUGCAAUCCGAAAUGAUCCAAGGAUCAACUGGCUUUGCAAUCCUGUUCACAAGCACAGAGAACUUAGAGGUCUGACAUCAGCAGGGAAGAAAAACAGAGGACUCGGAGGAAAAGGAUCCAAGUAUCACAAAGCUCGCCCUUCACGCAGGGCCACUUGGAAGAGGAACCAGACCCUCUCUCUCCGUCGCUACCGUUAAUGCUUUGUAUCAACUUUUGGAUUUGCUUUCUGCAUUGUCUCAUUACCUUUAGUUUGAGUUUUUUUUUUAAUUUUCACGUGGCUUCCUUUUACAAUUAGAAAUGCUGCUGCACUUCUUGGACUGCAUAAUACUAAUGUUUUCUUGGACAUUUAUGGUCUUGUAUUGCCGGAGAGGAAGUACUAAUACUUUUAGGUCUUCUGCAUCUUCUUUGACAAAAUUCUCAAAUAAUGAGAAAAAUGAUGGGAAAUCACACUUUCACCCCUCAAUAGUAGGCAUGGACUCUGGCCAGGCCUGACCGGACUUUUUUCUGGAUUCUUGAGGCCCGGAACCGGCCUGGGUAGCUAUUGUGUCCGGUUCGGGCUGGCUACAUUUUUUUUGAUUUUCUAAUUACUUCCUACCCUCCUCCGCCCCUCACACCCCAAACAGCCAAACCCCUUCAAAACACCCGGAACUGGGCUUGGCACGGCUGGGUUGGUUCAUGAUUUGGAGACUCUGCCCUGAAACAGUACUGGGCUGGGUGGCCCGAAUCAGACACGGACCUGGGUACCGGGCCGGGCCGAAAUACUACUGGGCUGGGCCGGUUACAGGCUGGUUGACCCAGCCUGAGUCCAUCCAUACUCAAUAGUACUCGCAUUGAAAUUGUCUUUGUGUUUUCAAGUUUGUAAAUGUCACUCAAUUCUUCAAAUUGUUGGAGAUAUGGUUUCUUGAUUGAAGGCAUUUAUAAGGCAGGUGAGGAUUACAUUUACAACGUUUCAAACAAGAGGGGUGCCAUUUACACUUUAAAAUAUAGGGUUUAUAUUUCGAUAUGGACACUAAAUGAGUAUUUGAAUGUGC